AUGGCCGAUCGUUAUUCAUUCUCUUUGACUACAUUUUCUCCCAGUGGGAAGCUGGUUCAGAUCGAAUAUGCUUUAAAUGCCGUUAACCAAGGCGUUACUGCGUUGGGUAUCAAAGCUACAAAUGGAGUCGUCCUUGCCACAGAGAAAAAAUCGUCUUCGCCCCUGAUAGACCCUCCUUCUCUGUCAAAAGUCUCCCUAAUCACCCCAGAUAUCGGCAUGGUCUACUCUGGAAUGGGUCCCGAUUACCGUGUCCUUGUCGAUAAGGCCCGGAAAACCUCCCACACUGGCUACAAACGCAUUUACAAUGAGUACCCGCCAACUAGAAUAUUGGUCCAGGAUGUUGCCCGAGUCGUCCAAGAGGCUACGCAGUCCGGGGGUGUCAGGCCAUAUGGCGUCAGUUUGCUAAUUGCGGGCUGGGAUGACGGGGUCGAACCUACAAUUGCAGAGAGCGAGUCAGAUACGGACAAGAAGAAAGUAUCUGGAAAAACGGGCGGAAUUCUCAAAGGUGGUCCUAGCUUGUACCAGGUCGAUCCUAGCGGCAGCUAUUUCCCAUGGAAGGCCACCGCAAUUGGGAAGAGUGCGACCAGCGCGAAGACCUUCCUCGAAAAGAGAUACACAGAUGGCCUUGAGCUGGAAGAUGCUAUCCAUAUUGCACUUCUCACGCUAAAGGAGACCAUCGAGGGUGAAAUGAAUGGUGAAACCGUUGAAAUUGGUAUCGUUGGACCCCCGGCCAACCAUCUAUUGGGAUAUGAGGGCGUUGAGGGCGCCAGAGGCCCACGGUUCCGGAAACUGACCAAGGAGGAGAUUGAGGAUUACUUGACAAACCUAUGA